AUGGCCUCUCCUCAGCAGAUUCGCACUCCCAUCACGGAUCUUUUCAAGAUCCAGCACCCCAUCCUGCUGGCUGGUAUGAACGUUGCUGCCGGUCCUAAGCUGGCUGCUGCGGUUACCAAUGCCGGUGGUAUGGGAGUCAUUGGAGGUGUCGGCUACACCCCCGACAUGCUCCGUGAGCAAAUCUCUGAACUCAAGGAGUAUCUGACCGACAAGAACGCUCCCUUCGGUGUCGAUUUGCUUCUUCCCCAGGUCGGUGGCAAUGCCCGAAAGACCAACUACGACUACACCAAGGGCAAGCUCGAUGAGCUCGUCGACAUUGUCAUCGAGUCCGGCGCCAAGCUGUUCGUCUCUGCCGUCGGUGUCCCCCCCAAGCACGUCGUCCAGAAGCUCCAGAAGGCCGGCAUCCUGUACAUGAACAUGAUUGGUCACGUCAAGCACGUCAAGAAGUGUCUUGAACUGGGAGUCGACAUCAUCUGCGCUCAGGGUGGUGAGGGCGGUGGCCACACCGGUGACAUCCCCACCACUGUCCUGAUUCCCGCUGUUGUCGAUGCCGUCAAGGGCCACAAGUCCCCCGUCUCCGGAGGUCCCGUCCAGGUCGUUGCCGCCGGUGGUAUUCACAACGGCCAGCUCCUCGCCUCUGCUCUCAUGAUGGGCGCCAGCGGCGUCUGGGUCGGAACCCGCUUCAUCCUCACCGAUGAGGCUGGUGCCCCCAAGGCUCACAAGGAUGCUGUCCGCACUGCUGGCCACGACGACAACGUCCGCACCAUCAUCUUCACUGGUCGCCCCAUGCGCGUCCGCAACAACCCCUACAUUGACGACUGGGAGACCAACCGAAUCCAGGAGAUGAAGGAGCUCACCGCCAAGGGCACCAUUCCCUACGAGGUUGAUCUUGAGCGAUUCAUGGGCGGCGAGGCCAACGAGCACAGCGGCGUCGAGAGCUACAGCAGCAACGCUGCCUCCGCCGAUGCUGGUGCCGAGGAUGACGAUGAUGAGGGUGAUGAUCCUCUUGAGCAGUUCCGUCCUUACCUGAUGGGCAAGUGCGCUGCUGUUGUCAACGAGCAGAAGUCUGCCAAGGCUGUUGUCGAUGAGUUUGUCAACGAUGCCGUUGCCUGGAUCAAGAAGGGCAACCAGAUGAUUGCUAAGCUGUAA